AGUAGGGAGGCGGCAACGACGCCUGCGCAGUGUGACCGGGAUGGCGCAUUUUCUUGCACCGAGUAAUGCGGUGUCGCUGGCGGCUGAGGAGGGCGGAGAGUUAUGUGGUGAAGUAGUGGGAGGGAUUCAUGUAGGCAUAGGGAAGAGCCUAAGUCCACAUUAUAAAAUAGGAAGUUAAUGCGGGGUACAGCUACUCCCGGACCGGCGGCGUGAAAGUCGUGAUAUCAUCGUUGAACUAUUGGCUUUGAAGUUUAAAUCCAAUGGAGAAGACUCAAGAAACAGUCCAAAGAAUUCUUCUAGAACCGUAUAAAUACUUACUUCAGUUACCAGGUAAACAAGUGAGAACCAAACUUUCACAGGCAUUUAAUCAUUGGCUGAAAGUUCCAGAGGACAAGCUACAGAUUAUUAUUGAAGUGACAGAAAUGUUGCAUAAUGCCAGUUUACUCAUUGAUGAUAUCGAAGACAACUCAAAACUCCGACGUGGCUUUCCAGUGGCCCACAGCAUCUAUGGAAUCCCAUCUGUCAUCAAUUCUGCAAAUUACGUAUAUUUCCUUGGCUUGGAGAAAGUCUUAACCCUUGAUCACCCAGAUGCAGUGAAGCUUUUUACCCGCCAGCUUUUGGAACUCCAUCAGGGACAAGGCCUAGAUAUUUACUGGAGGGAUAAUUACACUUGUCCCACUGAAGAAGAAUAUAAAGCUAUGGUGCUGCAGAAAACAGGUGGACUGUUUGGAUUAGCAGUAGGUCUCAUGCAGUUGUUCUCUGAUUACAAGGAAGAUUUAAAACCACUACUUAAUACACUUGGGCUCUUUUUCCAAAUUAGGGAUGAUUAUGCUAAUCUGCACUCCAAAGAAUAUAGUGAAAACAAAAGUUUUUGUGAAGAUCUAACAGAGGGAAAGUUCUCAUUUCCUACUAUUCAUGCUAUUUGGUCGAGGCCUGAAAGUACCCAGGUGCAGAAUAUCUUGCGCCAGAGAACAGAAAACAUAGAUAUUAAAAAAUACUGUGUACAUUAUCUUGAGGAUGUAGGUUCUUUUGAAUAUACUCGUAAUACUCUUAGAGAGCUUGAAUCUAAAGCCUAUAAACAGAUUGAUGCACGUGGUGGGAACCCUGAGCUAGUAGCCCUAAUAAAGCACUUAAGUAAGAUGUUCAAAGAAGAAAAUGAAUAAUGUUAAGCCAUUCUUGACUGGGCCUCAUAGCUUAUUUUAGUCAAUUUUUUUUGUCUUUUAGCCUUAACCACCUUCUAAAAAAUUUGUUAUUCUCCAGAAACAGAAUAAAUAGGUGAGUAGGGGUGAUGCAAGUGAAUUCGUUUUCAUUUAAAAGCCCCUCUGUACAGAUAAUCAAAAUUCAAAGUUGAAAGAAUCAAAAGAAGCCACAGUUAUGUAGGUCUGAUUUGAAUGUCAUAAUUGCAGUGACAGGACAUUACCACCAGCUCUACCCUACUAUCAUUAAUGUUGUGUUUAUUCCGUCAAUAAAAAAGACUCGCUUCCAGGAA